AUGUACCGGCAGAUUUUGGUCCAUCCCACCGACCAACCGCUGCAGCGAAUUCUCUGGCGCGACGAUCCCGAGGCUCCACUGAAGAGCUACCAGCUCCGCACCGUCACAUACAGUACAAGCAGUGCUCCAUUUUUGGCAACUAGGGUGCUGCAGAAGCUCGCCGAUGAUGAAGGGCAACAUUUUCCGCUGGCGGAACCCGCUGUCCGCCACGACUUCUACGUCGACAAUUUGCUGUCCGGUUCUGACGAUGCUGAAUCUCUCGCCGUUACCUGCAACCAGCUCAUUGCAAUGCUCGCAUGCGCAGGACUUCCUCUCCGACAAUGGUCUUCGAAUUGUCAAGCUAUUCUUGAUACCAUUCCGUUGGAGCUCCGAGAGACGAAAACACUACUCGAUUUGGACCACGAGUCCUCCGUGACUGCACUUGGCCUCCGCUGGGAACCGUUGACCGAUUUUCUUUCGUUCAAGACACCGAAUUGGAAGGAAUGCACGGUUCUGAACAAACGAACGAUCCUCUCUCAGAUUAGCAGUCUUUUCGACCCCUUAGGUUUGAUUGGACCGACCAUUGCAAAGGCAAAAAUCAUGCUGCAGAGUCUUUGGAAACUCCAUCUCGACUGGGACACACCAGUGGCUAACGGAUUUGCACUCGAAUGGCAGGAAUUUCACCAGAAGCUUUCAGCACUUGCACACCUUCGAGUUUCUCGCCAUGUGUUACGUCCGGGUUACGACCGCUUCGAGAUUCACGGGUUCAGCGACGCUUCAGAGUCUGCAUAUGGCGUAUGCAUCUAUCUCCGGUCAAUACCUGCCGAGGGCCCUUGUACAGUUCGCCUGGUGAUUACUAAGUCCAAGGUCGCUCCGAUGGGGACUCAAACCAUUCCACGCCUCGAGCUAUGCGCAGCUCAACUCCUGUCCAGACUUCUGAAACAAGUUCAGGACAGCAUCGACAUCACCGCAACCACAUAUCUGUGGACCGAUUCUUCCAUCGUCUUGAACUGGAUAUCCGCAACUCCAUCGACAUGGAAAACGUUCGUAGCCAACCGAGUGGCUGAAAUCCAAGAGCUGACGUCUCACGCCGUUUGGAAUCACGUCCCAUCCGAAGACAAUCCCGCUGAUCUCGUUUCUCGAGGAAUGGACCUCGAUUAA